AUGCCGGAUGAGAUCUCUCAUGUGCAACUCAAACGACGGGCGUUUAGUGCCCAGCGCAUUCAAUGUUCCUACCCAGGCUGCAAACACUGGUUGAAAAAUGCCUCUGGGCUGAAGCAUCAUCAAAGCUCGGCCCAUAGCCACUCGUUUACCCAUCCUGGUUCGCAAUGCAUGCAACGUGCUUCUGUUGAAGAAAUCAAAGAUGAAGAAGCUCAGAGACGCACCAACAACGAGCUCUGGGAGUUAAAGCAUGGACUCAUUCGGGAUUAUCACGAGACGCUGACUGGUCGUAUUUGUGAUGAGAAUGGCAACUUUCUCAAUCCUGGUACUCCUCCUCCACCAUACACGGCAAAAAGUCCUGACGACUGGACUCCGUAUCGCAACCGACUAGAGUUUGAGUGUGCGAAUUUUAUAUACACUGAAAACCAGAUGUCCGCUGGUGAUAUCAACAAGAUUCUCUACUUGUGGGGAAUCACUCUCGCUGUUCAUCAUGACAAUCCACCAUUUGCUGACUACAGGGACUUAUACAAUACUAUCGACGCAACACCGCUAGGUGAUGUUGCAUGGGAAAACUUCUCCCUGAAGUACAACGGCAAUAAACCCACUGGAGAGUGUCCGCUCUGGAUGGAACAGUCAUACGAGGUUUGGUUCCAGGACCCUCAUACUGUCGCCAAGAACAUGCUCGCGAAUCCAGAUUUCAAAGGUGGAAUAGAUUAUACACCCUACCGUGAAUUUCAGGAGAAGGAUGAGCAACACCGCUAUAAGGACUUCAUGUCAGGAGACUGGGCCUGGCAGCAAGCAGACGAAAUUGCACAGGACCCACAAACACAUGGUGCAGCUUUCAUUCCCAUCAUCAUAGGCAGCGACAAGACAACAGUGUCCGUCGCUACCGGUCAAAAUGACUACUAUCCUUUGUAUCUUUCGAUUGGAAACAUCCACAAUAAUAUUCGGCGGGCGCAUCGCAACGCAUUGGCUCUGGUUGGAUUCUUGGCAAUCCCUAAGACGGAAAAAAAGAAUUCAGAUGACAUAAAAUACCGCAAGUUCAAGAAGCAGUUGUUUCACUCCUCGUUGUCGAAGAUCUUCGCCAAUCUCAAACCUGGAAUGACGACUCCAGAACAGGUGGUAUUGGCAUGCAUGGUCAAAGAUUGGUGUGGAAGAUGCCUUGCAUUUCCCUCAAAUCUUGAUGAAGGAGGUGUUUCUCGGUCACAUGAACACACUGAUGCGCUUGUGGAUUCUGUCGAUUUUGGUAUACUUUGGGAUGAGUAUGGUAUUAUUGGCGAGCUAGUGCCCUUCACCAACGACUUUCCUCGUGCUGACAUUCAUGAGUUGCUCGCCCCCGACAUACUGCACCAGCUCAUCAAAGGAACAUUCAGGGAUCACCUUGUUGAAUGGGUGGGUCAAUACCUCGAACUCACACAUGGAAAAAUGUGUGCCAAGGCAAUUUUAGAUGAUAUUGACCGAAGAAUUGCUGCCGCACCACCCUUCCCUGGCCUACAACACUUUCCGCAAGGGCGUGGAUUCUCACAAUGGACGGGCAAUGACUCCAAGGCACUGAUGAAGGUCUAUCUACUGGCAAUACAAGGCCAUGUACCAGACGAUAUGGUUCAGGCAUUUCGAGCCUUGCUAGAGUUCUGCGACAUCGUGCGCACGGAUGUGGUUACAGACGACACUCUCACAGAGCUGAAAGAUGCCCUUAGGCAUUUUCAUACUUACUGUACCAUUUUCCAGACUACCAGUGUCCGUUUCAACAUUUCCCUACCCCGACAACACUCUCUCAUCCACUAUGAGCUUCUCAUCCGAAUGUUUGGUGCUCCAAAUGGCCUCUGCUUGUCGAUCACGGAAUCAAAACAUAUCACGGCGGUAAAGCAACCAUGGCGACGUUCAAGCAAGUACAAUGCACUCAGCCAGAUGCUCCUUGCCAAUCAGUGCCUGGACAAAAUCACAGCAGCAAGAGUUGACUUUACAAUGUGUGGCAUGCUCAAAGGGUCUUGCACCUUCAGCUACUACAAUUCAUUUUUUGAGAAUCCCUCAUAUAUUGGCAAUGAUGAUGGAGACCCGGAGGUCCAACAGAGCCGAGCACGUGCAGCGAAUAAUCCCUUUGCUACUGAGAGCGAUGACUUCGAUGAUGUUGAGGAUCAGGGCAUCAUGGAUGACAUGGAUGUCAUUGCUGAUGUGCAGUUAGCAUGGACUUGUCAACAAAAACACGCCCGCACCAUUGCUGAUCUUGCAGGUGAACUUGGCAUCCCAUCGUUCCCAACCCUCAUUUGUCUCUUCUUGUACGACCAAAUACAUGCAGAUGACCACCAUUCUUCUGCCGACAUUCCACUUUGCAACUGUCCAUCCUACAUGGGACCAAUCAAGAUUUUCCAUUCGGCCACUGCAACUUUUGUUGCACCCAGUGAUCCAAGUGGAAUCACUGGCAUGCACCGUCAGCACAUCCGUGCUGCGCCUUCGUGGCGCAACGGACCAGGCCGCUUUGACUGCGCCUUUGUCAACACGGAUGAUAGGCAUGAUGGAAUGUUAAGCAUGGAUGUUGUUCGAAUAUUCUGCUUUUUUUCUUUCACUUUCACUAACGGUCGCACAUAUCCAUACGAGCUCACAGGAAUGUGGAUGGUGGCACCAUCUUUCAACAAAGAUGGCUCUUGUGAUCUGUCAAUCAUCCAUAUUGACAGUAUCAUUUGUAGUGCUCACUUACUCCCAAUAUUUGGUACACAGUUCGUACCAUGCGGUCUUCAAUUCUAUGAUUCUCUGGAUGUCUAUCGAGGAUUCUACGUAAAUCGGUUCAUAGAUCACCAUGCUUUCGUGCUGGCAUCUUAA